AAUCAUUUUUUAUUUUUAUAAGAAAUUUUUUUAAGAAUUAUUAACCAUUAAUCCAGAGAUAAAUUUAUUUAAAAAAUCAAACUAAGUUAAAUUUUUUGAAAUUUUAUGAAACAAUAAGAGUAAAGCAUGGAUGUCGAUGAUUUAUGUGAAACUGACAUAGUUAACGAAGAACAAGUUAAAGACAUUUUAAAGGAAAGAUAUCUUAACGACCAAAUUUAUACAUAUAUUGGUGACAUAUUGCUUUAUGUUAAUCCUUACAAGAAGUUAGAGAAACAUGAUUCAAAUGAACUAUAUUCUGUUAUGUGCAAACGAGUACUUGAACAUAUUCCUAAAACACAAACAAGCCAAUGUUUUGUUGUUAUGGGUGAAUCAGGAUCUGGGAAAACAGAAGUUGUUAACUCUCUUGUUAAGAAGGUUUUAUCUAUGUGCAAUCAUUUUUAUCAAAGUUCCUUGAUAGAAAAAAUUUCAAAGGUUGAUUUGAUUCUUCAGCCAUUUGGAACAGCACAAACAAGUUUGAAUGACCAAUCUACUAGAUUUGGAAAAUAUUUACAAAUCUGUUUUUCUCCAAACUUAUCUGUUGUUAAAGCUCAUGUAAGUGAGUAUUUUCUGGAGAGCUCAAGAGUUGCUUCAACAACUGCGGAUGUACAAAAUUUUUACAUUUUUUUACUGAUGUUUGCUGGGAGGACAGAUGAGGAAUUGUCUAAUCAUUUAUUGGAAUCACCUACUCAACACUGGUAUUUGAACUAUGGAGAGGGUUUUAGUGAAGAUCUGAUUUCAUGGAGUCGAAAGUAUAACAUAUUUAUAGAUGCACUUAGACAUGUCGGCUUUUUUCCAGAGGAAAUAACUAGUAUAUUUGGUGUGUUAUCGUCAAUUUUAAAUCUUGGUGAUAUAAUAUUUGGUUCAGAAGCUGAUGUUGGUGUUUUUAUUGAAAAUCUUGAGUGUCUUGAUAAAGUUGCCAUUUUACUUGGUGUCAAUGCAGAUGAUCUUGAAAUAUGGUUAACUUGUAAUGCAAAGAGUUUGUCAGAUGAAUUUGUGUCAUCCUUCAAGAACAUUGCUCAAGCAACUGCAUUUAGAGACUCUCUUGUAAUCAGCCUUUAUACACGCUUGUUUGGUUGGGUGGUUAACCGAAUAAAUUUUUAUUUGGAGUUGGAUCAAAAAAAAAAUCCAGAUGGAGGAGAUUUGAAGAGUGUAUCGGUUGGUUUUUUCGACAUAUUUGGAUUUGAAAACCUAUAUAAAAACAACUUGGAGCAACUUUUUAUAAAUACAACAAAUGAACAAAUCCAGUUUUAUUUUACCCAGCAUAUAUUUGCUUGGGAGCAGCUUGAGUAUGAACAAGAAGGUAUUGAAGCCAAAAUGAUUCCUUUUAUCUGCAAUAAAGAAAUAAUCAAUCUACUACUUGAGAAACCAAAUGGAAUUUUUGCAUUACUGGAAGAAGAGAGUACUUGUCUGCAGGCAGAUGAUAAUACUCUUUUAUCUAAGUUUAAUGCUUAUUGUUAUACCAACAAAAGUUUUAUAUCUAUUAAAGAAAAAGAUCCACAAUUUGCGAUCAUUCAUUACGCUCAAAAGGUUCGCUACAGCACAGAUGGAUUUCUUCAAAAGAACAUCAAUCAUCUUGAUGGCCAUAUUAUUCAAGGUUUGCAAGAUUCAACAGAUGCAUUAAUUAGUACUCUUUUUACAUCAACAAUAUCAAAAUCAGGGCAACUACUAUACAAAUUGGGUUCUGCAAAACAAUACCGUUUUCAAGGUGAUUUACAAAAGCAAUUAGAAAAAAAGAAAAAACACAGAAUUGAACAGCAACAUAAGUUUGGAACAAAUAAAGCAAGUAGAAUUAAGUUGAAAAAACACUUGACUGGAAUCAAGGAGGUAAAAUCAAGCAAUUCUGCAGCAUUGUUUCGGAGUUCAUUGGUUAAUCUGAUGGAGAAGAUAUUAGUUAGCGAUGCCCAUUUUGUAAGGUGUAUCAAGCCAAACAACUUAAAGCUAAGCAAUAAAUUUGAUGACAAUUUAGUUAUGGAACAAGUAAAAUACAUGGAUUUAAUUGAUACUAUAAGAAUUCGUCAAAAUGGCUAUCCUUACAGAGUAACAUUUCAACAAUUUCUAGAACGUUAUGAGUACAUCAGUUGCAAGAUUCCAUUAGAAAUUACACCAUCAAAUUGUAUAGCUAUUUUGCAGAGUUGUAAUUUAAAGGAUUGGAAGAUUGGAAAAACAAAGGUGUUUCUCAAGCUUUUUCACGUUUCUUUUUUAUCUAAGAAAUUAGAUGAAAUAUUACACAAAGUUGUGCUUAUACAGAAAGUUUUCCGAGGUUACCUUACCAGAAUGAGCAUUAAUACUAUCAGGACGAACGUCAAUGUUCUACAAAAUAGUGGGAAUGACAAAAGCAAAGAAUAUAUUGGAAACCUAUCUAGUUCGAGCUUACCAAAGCAUCCCGGAAAAGAAAAUGCGCUUCAAAAAAACAAACUUACGAAAGUAAACUCCGACUAUAAUACCUUGCAAAUGAAGGAAACAUUGAGAAGAGAAACUUUAAAAAAUGAAGCCAACGAUUCUAUAAACCGAAAGGUUACUCGUAGCAAGUCACGUGCAGCACAAGAACCAAUCAUCCGAAAUUUUACAUCUUCUUCAGUUUCUGGUUGGUGUCGUGUAGAUUGUUAUGAACGGCAGCAUCACGUUGCAACUUUUCGUAUGGAUGAGCCAGUUAUUUGUAUUGAUGGAAUUCAUCCGGUGUCCGAUAAACAUCGCAUUUCGUUUGCUGGGUUGCCAACUCGCUCGGAAGAUUUAAAAGUCCUUAAAGUUAAAAGUUGCAUCGGAAAGGGGGUUCAACUUCAUCAGGAUGAGCGGCAAAAUCUUUGGGCAACGCGUCUAGGUAAAAAUCCAAUUUUUGUUCGUGGUCAUACGCUUUGUCCUGAGCUUGUUAAACUUAAUGGUAAACUUACCCAAGGUGUUCCAAUGAAAGUUCUUGAUACAUCAGCCUUUAAAGAAUACAUGAAAAAAGAAUGCGAAACAAGCGGUUUAGUUGAUGACGAGCUAAGAGAUAAAAUUAUGUCACGCUUAAAGGUUUGUAUGAGUUUUAUUAAAGACACUGUCGUCGAUGAAGAAACACCUUGCUGGUUUGAAGUUUGGCUCAUCAAGGUCAAUGAAACCGUCAAUAAAUACCUCGAUAAUUACAAAAAAAAAAAAGACCAAAAAGAAGAAAAACGUAUGUCAGGUAAUUUUACGAAUUCGCCUUUGAUGAAAGCACGAAUUCCACCGAUACGGAGGGCAAAAAGUGGUGAUACCCUUAAAACUACAGAGCGAAGGGUGCGCAGCCAAUCAGGAAUUAAUGAAAAACUCCAAAGUUCAAAAAUAGAAACUAAACCUUUGCAUACAGAGGAUCCAAUAAACAAAAAAGAAAAAACGCUAGAAAGAGUAAGCAAUACUACAUCGAUUAAUAAUAGCGAUAAAUUGUCGUCACAAAAUACAUUACGUCGAGAAAAGAGCUUGGAUGUUCGUUUGGAGCAGCGUUUGUUAAGUCAAAAUAACAUUAAAGAAAACAUUAAUACUAUAGAGAAAAAUAAAAUAAAUGCAGAUAAUGUUUCGGCACUAGACCACGAACAGUCUUUAAUUAGAAAAAAUACGGGUAAGAUUGAUAUAUCUUUAACGAACAAAAUAGUGCGUAAUUCGGACAAGCAAGGUGACAUAAACCAAUCCACUCUUACCUCCAACUCUAGCUUAAAUCCACCUGAAACGAAACCAUACCAAACUCCAACAGACGGAAUGAGUUAUCGACAAGUGUUUGGUUUACAAACUUCGGACUAUUUAUUUUACGUCACACCGCCGAGCAACGUACAUCGCCGUCGUUUUUCAGACUCGGAUACUGAAUCUAUGCAGAAUUUUGCUCUUCGUUCAGUUCCUCAAGAUGACGGGCGGAACAAACUGCUUCAAAAUAUUCAGCCUAAAAAAUGGAUCAAAAAAGUACGGAGAAAAUCUGAAGACAAUCCAAAACGAAAACUUACCUUAACAACUUCAAAUAAGUAGAUGGGGGCGUAGUAUUUAGUAUUGAUACAAUAAAUUAUAUAUAUAUAUAUAUAUAUAUAUA